UCUCUCUCUCUCUCUCUCUCUCUCUCUCUCUCUCUCUCGCCGACCAAACCUACUAAAUGAGGACGUCCUCACAAUGUGUAGAAGAGAAUACACACAUAUUAUAAGUACUAUGUUAGGUAUAGCCUUAAGGAUACCUAUAAAAGUCUAUCUAAUACUCUCUUUCGAAUUAUGACAAAAAAGGAUUUCUCACUGUACAACAGAAAACAACAGUUUCUCACUUUACAACAGAAAACAACAGUUUCUCAUUCAACAUAAAACAACAAUUUCUCACUAUACAAUAUAAAACAGCAGUUUCUCACUUUACAACAGAAAACAACAGGUUUUUUUCAUUCAACAUAAAAACGACACACUUUUUUAUUAGACUGCAUAAAACGACAGGCACUCUGCUUUUAUUGUAUAGAAUAAAACGAAAUUUUACAGUAUACAACGACAUUGAUUUUCGUUAUACAACCGAGUAUAUUUUGAAAAGCUAUGAAACAUAUUAUUACUCAGAAAUAAUCCCUGAAAAAAAAAUCUUCUUUGGAGACAGCUUAGAUUAUAAAGACUGUGCUGUCGGUCUGUACAUGAUAGAAGCAGUUUCCACGAUUUUGUUUACAGAUAUUUUUUCUGAUUUUUUUUUUAAUUUGAACGAAUCUUCGCUAAUUUAAUUAUUCGAUACAUAUAUGUGUUCAUUUUUCUGGACUAAAAUUCAAAUCUGUGUGUACAUAAAUCUGUUUUAAAAAAAGAAAGAAUAAAGAACUUCACAGCCCUUGAAGUACCAUCUUGAAUGGAGCCUUUGAUACAGUUUUCCAUAAAUAACCUGAAGAGCUGUUACGUACUGAUCCUAUGAAAACAAACCUUGUUAAUAAGUAUCAGUUCGCUAACCCCUUAUCUGUCGUCUUCUUUGGUUUUAUUUAAAUUUCCAUCAUUUUCGGGUGUGGGCCGCGCAUACACCUGCCUUUGAUAGCCCAAAAUCGUGUACAAGAGCUCAUUGUUUUUUCUUUCAUCUAUUUUUGGACGGCUAUAAAAGAUAAGGUUAAAAAGUAUGCUGAAAUUGAAGGUCUUUGUUCAUGCAUAUUAGUUUUUUGAUAAUCGAAAUUCGAAAAAACUUGAAUGAGAAGAAUGCCUAUCAUCAGCGGUUAAUAAUAGUCAUGUAGAUAAUAAGCCUCAAGAAGUGUAUGCAAAUAAAGAUCCCCAAAGAACUUCGUGAUUAAUUCUAACCUUUUUUUAAAUUCUUAAAAAAUGAGUUCAAAUGUCUAUGUGCAUGUAAAUUAUGUUCAGCUACACGCUCCCAUCAAUAUGAAAUCAAAUAUCAAAUCAGAGAAAUGGGUAGAUAAUUCGCCGACAUGUAAUCUACAGAUAAACGAGAUUAAUAAUUCACGAAAUUCACAAAAAAUAUAAUUUUCAAAAUCAUCUAAACUGCAUUCUUUUCGUUUUCUCUUAAAUUGGCCUGAUUCUGUCCUUAUCAACAUUAAGUCGAUAUGUGGACUACACAGACACACUAUUGUAUUCAUCAUAUGGCAGGGUUCUUCAAAAUAUAAAUUUAUUUUUCAAACUUCAAUUCUUCCGUAACAAACACUUUGAUUUCUUGUAAUUCGACACCAGAAAUAAAACACUUCUAUUGUCGUCUGUUGUCGAUUUUGACCGAAAAUGUCAAGUUUUAAGCGCAUACUUUUGGUUUUUUUAUUUUCAUACAUGAAAAUGUUAAGUUUUAAUUGCUUGCUUUUGAGUUUUUAUUUUCAUACAUGGAAAUGUUAAGUUUUAAUUGCUUGCUUUUGAGUUUUUAUUUUUACCAGUACGUGGAAAUGUUAACUUUUAAUCGCUUGCUUUCGAUCUUUGUUUUUGUAUUAUAUUUUGAUCAAUACAUGGAAAUGUCAAGUCUUAAUUACUUGCUUUUGAUUUUAUUUAUUUUCAUCAGUACAUAUUUAUAUCCUUGAACUGGUCUACCAUCAAUCUAAUUAAAAUUAGAUCUUUGAUCCGCUCAUGCAAUCAAAGAUCUAAUUUUAAUUAGAUUGGUCUACCAUAGUCUUAAUCAUGCAUAAACAAUGCAUAAACAAUAACAAUUGUCAUACAUACAAAAAUUGCACAUGGUGGUCUCAAAUAUAUAUAUGUAAGACUCUAAAGUGCCAUGGUCGCUCCAAAGUGCGAUGACCACGCCAAAGUGCGAUGGUCUGCGCCAAAGUACGAUGGUUUGUUAACGUUACGGACGCCAAAGUGCGAUGACCACGCCAAAGUCCGAUGGUGCGGAGUUCAGUAACGUUUGUGACGUCCGUCAUUGUGACGUCAUUCUUAACGUCUUUCAAAAUGAAACCGGAGAAAUGCAACACGGACCAGCAAAGUACAUUUGUUGUCGAACUAUCUACGUAGUUCGUACUUUGGCGUGUCACACCAUCGGGGUUUGGCGUGACCAUCGCACAUUGGAGUCCCAUCGCACUUUGGAGUCUUACAUAUAUAUAUGUAUAUAUUCAAUAAAUUCUUUCCUUGUCAAUGGAUCAUAGCUAUACAUAUAUAAAUAUAUAUAGAUCUAUAUAUCUAUGUAUCGAAACAGAUUAAUACGUUUAAUGCUCAAAAUGUUAUGAAGUUAUGCAAUUUAGGGACUAUUUUGCGCAAAGUUACAAUUCUAUGAAAAAUAUUGUAGAACAUGUACUUUGAAAGUAAAUUUACGAGUAUAUAUAUUCACUCAUUUAGAAUCAAUUAUAUUUCUUAAGCGCAUCUCAAUAGUUUGAAAUGAACUACUUUAUGAAACGAGUCUUUUUCACGAAGUCCCUCAAGGAAUGUGCAAUAUUUUUCCAUUCAAAUUGAAGCUGAGAGAGAGAGAGAGAGAGAGAGAGAGAGAGAGAGAGAGAGCUGUAUGGUCAUGAUUUAACAGGUAGGAUAGGGUUAUAGCAAGUUUAAAAAAAAAAAAAAACAUCCAUUAAGUGUCGUCUGCGAAAUUAGGUAAUCGCAGAAAAAUGGAAUUGCGGAGAUGUUAUGAUAUGAUAUCAAAAUGAGGAAAAAAUUCAACACUUAAGCGUUACAAAUCAUUAAUUUCUCCAUUAGUCAUGCAAUAUCGUGAUCUAUAAUCGAUAUGCACCAUUUAAUUGGCGUUUAUCGUGCAUGCAGAGUAUUAUUAAGAAAAGAAUUUUUCCCCUCAUAAAGAGUGCGCUAUUAAUUAACAGCAAUAAAUGACAUUACUCUCUGUUCAAGGACACGAACACUUUUAUGUUCCACUAAACAGUAGUUUUAACAUUGUGUCCCUCUAACCUCUUUGUACAGAAGACAUGUUGAAUUGUCCGUGUAAUUUUCCAUUUCUCGUGACUGCUGAUAUAUUAUGGGGAAAAAAACCAAUUGGAAUAGGAUGUAGAAAAUGUCUUGAUCAAUGAGCCCGAAAUAAUUGUCAGUGGGGAUGCGGUCUCUUCUUCUUCCGACAUGCGCGUAUAUAGAGACCCGUGUCCGUUCCAUGGGAACGCCCAUUUUAAAUAGACCGGAUUUCAAACACCAGAAUACAAUGACAACUUCAAUUCCUUUUCACCUACUAGUAUAAACCGAGGUUAAAAAAUUCCUUUGACAAAUUAUCUAGUACUCUGCAUAGAUAUUGCAGCUAAACAAACAAAGAUCCCAAGCCUUUCUCCGUCAGUAAUGGUAAAUAUUUCAAGCUGUCGAUAUAUGGUAUGUAAAAUUGACAUCAAAUGGGUUUUCCUGGUCGAUUACUUAAUGCCCUAAACCCACGCACUGCAUUUCUUACACUCAGCGAAUUACAACUUUAGUUUACAGACAGUAGAAUUUCCGUACCACCGUGCAGGAUAAAUUGUUUUGACAUGGUUGUAAAUAGUAACUGUACAGAUUUUUAUGUUCACAAUUAAAGUUUAAUUGAACAAUUUAGGAUUGAGCACAAGUUCUGUAAUUACUAAGGAUGCCCUCUGUGAAAUAAGAAACUGUUUCAAGAUUAGAAGUAUGAAAAGGCCAGUACUAGUGUGACACAAAUACAUAAUAUUAAAUUCAGCAUAUCUGAUCAUCACUGUUGGAUUUCGGAAGCCCCCCUCCCUUUUAUUUUUAAUUACACACAUAUUUGAAAGUGAUCGUUUCUUAACUUUUUAUUCAUGCAAUGACGGUGCGACAUUCUAGUCGAAGGCAAAUAAAGAAUUUUGUUGUCAAAAUCCUCAUUCUGUUCCAUUUAAAUUAAGAUAUCUUCCGGUAGAACAACUGCACUCACGCCUUGCCCUAGCUGCAGAACUGUAGCUCUCUGAAAAAAAAUAUUAUUCCGUCACAAUAUUUUUUCAGAGAGCUACAGUUCUACAGCUAGCCUUGCCCCCUCCCCAUUCCCUCUACAGCACUGUUAUUGCAUUGCACACGUUCAAUUUGUUGUUAUACAUCGAUAAAAUUUACUUCUACAAAAGAUAUCAAGAUCGCCCGGUAUUUUUAAUCAAUGUAUGUUGUUAAAUGUAUGAUUUAUAUUGAAUACAUACUCAUUCCCAGUAUAUCGCGAGUAUUAACAAUUCCUAAAAAUACGAACGAGGGCAUUUUUGGUCUGUGCGUGCUUAGUACAAGACAAGUAUUCUCAACAUUGCCGCGUGUACAAAAAUAAAAUAAGUAUUAUUAAUAAUACUACUUCGAAACGACUUUUGUUGUGGCGAAAUUUAGUAUAAAUGAGAUAUAUAUGUAAUUAUCAAUCAUCAUGAUCGCAACUCAAGUUUCCGAUGUCAAUAAACGAAGUGGACAUGGUGGAAUUUUAAUAGAGGAGUUUUGUCUAGAUAAUCUUUAGAUGAAUUUACACCUUAUAUUGCCUCAUAGAAAGGGACAACGUGUUCAAUUCAUCAUUAACAGGUGGAAUUUCGUAUAAUUCUACAUGUUUGGUAUACCAUAGUUUGAUAAAAUUGGAGCGUUCACUGAGGAAAAUGUCUGAAAAUGAUACACACCUUAAUUUUACCAACACAACCCUGGUAAAGAAAUAGGCAUAUAAUAUGAUAAUAUUUUUAUAAUCAGAAAGAUAUUAUAUAUUUAGCCUUAUCUGUAGGAAGACUAUCAAUAAAAUUCUUUAUGUAGAAUAUCUUGCUCGUUCAGUGAUGUGUUUAUUAUCAGUAAGUAUGGAGAGGGCACAGCCAUUGCACCUGCUACCUUAUCCUAUGAAUAGAAUAUGAUUUAUUUCCAAAUUAGGGCCCUCUCGGGCAUACAGCAUACAUGAUUAUUAACAUUUCAAUGUGUAAUGACGAUAAAAAGAAAAGAAAAAAACAAGAGUAAAAUAUGCACUAUUAGUAUGAGCAUUAAUGUUCAUAUACAUGAGACAUUUGAACAUGAUAAUACUUAUUUGUAUUAUAUGUAAGUACCACCGUGUAUCCUAAUGCAAAACAGUCAGAAAUACAGAAAUACACAUAGGGAAAAAAACAUAUAUAUAUAUAUAUAUAUAUAUAUAUACAUGUACAUAUUAAUACGUGAAUGAAAUACUGUUCAAAUCAAAUAUUAUCAGUGAUAUUAUAUCACACACGGAAGACAUGACAGCUAAAACUACCGGUACCUUUAAAUCAUCAAUAUAUAAAACCUCAACCUUUUCUUCCUUAAAGAAAGUAAUUAAUGUGGGUCCCCAUUCGCAAUUUGAUAAGGAGUAUCGGUGCUUGAUUUUGUUAGCGAUAAUCUCAUAACCUUAAACGACAUCUUCCCAGCAGACCAGUGGAGAUGACAUCUUCCCAGCAGACCAGUGGAGAUGACAUCUUCCCAGCAGAUCAGUGGAGAUGGAGAUUGUGUAUCAGUAGUGAUUGUUAAAGCAUCAUUUAUUUUUAAAAAAAAUUUUUUUUUUACCCUUGCGCGCAUUUUAAAAUGUUUGUAAAUCCCCAUCAUAAAACCAUUCAAUGUUCUCGACGACAAAGAUUUUAGAAACCCAACAAUUUCUUAAUGCAAGCUUUAUUACAGAAGAACUGUAUUGAACUAUUGAAUAUUUAGUGUUUUCAAAUUUAGAUCAUAUUUGUCAGAUUUUUCCCCCAAACAAGAUUGACAACAUCGCCAUAUCCUUAAUGAACCUGAGUUCAGUACAGUUUUUAGAAAUCGCACCUCUGAAAGGAAUUUCAGCAGGAUCCAAAAACCGAUUCCCCGUGACAAGAAAAACAAAAAAGACCAUUAUGAUUAUUCCAAAUUGCCCCAAAACAAAGAGGGGUCACCCCGGCAAGGAAAAACAAUGACCAUGUGUCGUCAAACAUGCAAUCGGUAAUGUCAAUACUCCAAACUCCUUAUCGAUGAGGUGAUAUGUAUGGUUGGGUUGACAUGUGAACUAAUGUGUAUUUUGCAAUCAAAUUAAGACAUCGUUUGUAACUCACAAGGCGGUGCCUGAGCAAAUCGACACAUGGACUGAGGUCGUCUGUAUUUAAAAGGCACCGAAUCAUGUAAAUGUUUUCUUAAGCAUUCGAAGAUUGACGUCAGUCGUGAAUUACCGCAAGAUACUUUAAAUCAAUGUCGGAAUCGAAUGCGGGGUGAUUUCAAAGACUUAGGAACUUGACCUUGUAUUUAAAUCAUUUCGAGGACCGUCCCGUAACCGUGAGACGCACCAACAAAAAAUAACACUUCCGAUUCCAAUUUUAAACCAGCAGUCUAUAUUUAAAUGAAUUAUGAAGUCAGAAUCAUUUAGUCUUUAAUUCUGAGCUGACCACUUCAUUUGCCGAUAUAAUUUCAUUCUAUCACCGACUGUGAGUUUACCAUUCAUAUGCUUUGGAAUUUUUAGAGAAAGAAUAUUUUCAUCGCAAUUACCAAUUCUGUGACAACGUCAACACCAAACCAGAACACGUCAAACAGUCUACAGGGACAGCCAUGGCUCUCAAGGUUCAUCGUAACACGCUGUGGACGCACAAUACAAAUAACAUUGGUCAUCUAGGACUUCACAGUGAAACCAGAAAUCUGACCAUUGCAAAAAACACCUGUGUGGAGAAACAUUUCGGUGUCUUAAUCACAGCCUUGAAAAGUUCUGAAAAACAGAAUAUCAGAAUUAUGAGCGGGAACCGCCGUGAUCUGGAGCAGUCUUUGUUCGCUCUGUCACAGAGAAUGCGGGAAAUCAACCAAAGUCGACUUUCUUUACCUGCAUCACGAAAUACCUCCUUCUCGCCGAGAGACUCGAGAUCUAAUUCGGAUGCAAGCACUUUUUCAUUCGCAUCGUCGAGGACGAGUGUUUCAUCUUUUAACUCUUUUUCCAAAUACAUAGGAAGGAGACUCUCCCCUGUGAAAGGGAAGCGAAAAUCGCGUAAAUCUAUUGAAAUUAAUGACCAGCACGAGGAAGAAGGGAAGAAAAGAGAGCGGAAGAGAGCGGUUGUUUCUCCCCCAGACCUCGAGAAACUCCACGAAAUGUCCGACAAAUCUUCAGAAUUUCCAGAGAAAUCAAAAUUCUCUUUACAAGAGCUGCAGGAAAGAAUAUCAUCUCGUAAGAGUUGUGUUCGCAUCACCCCUUUCCCAGAUCUCCCAGCAGACACGGAAACUCCAAAUAAGGAGGACUCGUCUUCCGUUUCAACGGACGAUUCUGUUAGCACUUCAAGACGUUCCAUACGCGUGCGCAAAAAGUCUAAACCUAGAAAAAAGUCAAGUCGGGAAAGCGUGGAAGAAAUUUCUGUACACGAGCCGGAAACUCCCCGCAACAAUCCGCAUGCACGAAUGAUCGCUCUGCAGAAACUGCAAAUGGAAACGCAAAGAAGAGCUGCACUUAUUGAAAAAGAAAAGCUUGAAUUGAUGAAGAAAAACCGCAAAGAGGUGACUGAAAGUUUUCGUUAUUCUCAUGCCGUUGAACAAUUCUUGAAGUCGAAAAGACAAAAUUCCAAAAUUUCCAUGUCUGAAGUUCCGGAUGAAAUUGAAUAUGAUGCUGAAGGACGGGAGAUUCGGCGACUUGGUCCUUCCGUUUUGGCGGUAAUAAAUGUCGAUGACAUGGACUACGUUACAAGUGUGACCGUUCGACGCAGACGACACACCACAAGCAGUCUUGGAGAAAAACGACCGAGUUUCUACAGAACAAAAUCAAGAAAAUCAAUUGCUUCCAUUUACCACCCUUUGCCGGAAAUUAACAAGGAAUCCCAGUCAAAUCCAAUUGAACACUCUGUGUCAACAAAAAAACUUCUUCCAAAAGACCCCCUCCCACCGGUUGUAGAAGAUCAGGUAGUGGUGGCAGCAUGAACUAUACAAAUAAACUACAAUGUACCCGGUACUAGUGAUUUCUGUGCUUCACAUAUUUUGUUUUAUGAUUUUAAAGAUGUUUCUUGCCAUUACUUCACCGGUAAUUUCAAGUUCAUGGGAAAAUUAAUUCCAUGAAAAGAUAUUAUUUUUUAUUAUUUGAUUACGUAGUCAUUUGCUUUUACAGUGUUAUAAGUACUUGCCACAUUGAUAUGUAUAAAAUAAAAUUCUUGUCCAGAAAA